AUGCUGCUUUUUACUCUGGAGCUUGGGCUCCUUGGAGCGGUGCUCUACCACCUGACGACGGCGAGCCCAUUGAUGGCUAGACAGGAUGAAAUUCCCACCGCCAUCGUCAGGAAUGGAACAUACACUGGUCGCUACAAUGCUGAGUAUGACCAAGACUUCUUCAUAGGAAUGCCUUAUGCUCAGCCGCCAGUGGGCGAUCUACGCCUCCGCAACCCGGUCCCUCUCAACACACCAUGGGGCGGAACCGCCGAUGCCACUACCUUCUCCUCAGCCUGUUACAAAUUCGGGGCGCUCCAGUUCCCCAAAAUGACAUAUUCGGAGGACUGUUUGAAUCUCAAUGUGGUACGGCCCAGCGGCGUCAAGCCAGGCGACAAACUGCCCGUUGGUGUAUGGAUCCACGGUGGAGGUCAUACAACGGGAUCAACCCAAGACCCCACCUACAACAUGACCUUCCUUGUCCAAAAAUCCGUUGCUGCUGGAAAGCCAUUCAUCGGGGUCAAUAUCAACUAUCGGUUGCAACUAUUUGGCUUCAUGUAUGGCUCGGCUAUCGUGAAUUCUGGCGUUGGAAAUCUUGGGUACAAGGAUCAACAAUUGGCGCUUCGCUGGAUCCAUGAAACCAUCGCCGCGUUUGGAGGAGAUCCUUCCAUGGUUACUAUCUGGGGUGAGAGUGCAGGAGCAGAAAGUACGGGAGCUCAGUUGAUUUCAUACGGCGGUCAAGACCAAGGUCUCUUCCGAGGUGAAUGGGAUGUCUACUACCGCGACAUUCUCCGGGCCACAAAUUGCAGCACAGCAGCUGAUACACUGGCAUGUCUUCGUACCGUGCCUGUUGAACUCCUCUUCGCCGUUUUCAACAGCAAUGUGACAGCCUCAAUUCCAUCUUGGGGUAUGGAGAUCGACGGAGACUUUAUUCGAGAGAAUGCUCGAGAGGCCCUUGUUGCUGGACGUUUCAUCCAAGUGCCAGUGUUGCAUGGUCAAAAUCAUGACGAAGCCACAAUUUUCUCCAUCACAGGCGUCAACACGAAUGAAGAUUUCUAUGCCCAAGUGAGAGAAUGGACCUCUGACAAUGCCACUGUGCGCGCAAUCGCGGCACUGUAUCCAGACAUCCCUGCCAUUGGAAUCCCAUCGACAUUGGAAGGUCGACCAUCCGCGGCACUUGGUUUCCAGUACAAACGCAUUUCGGCCUUUAUCACUGACCUGAUGUGGCACGCGCCUCGCCGGUUGACCAGUCAAAUAUUGGCCCAGCACAACGUUCCCAAUUGGAGUUACAUGUUCAAUGUGAGGCCCAAUGGGAUGCCGCUAUCAAGUGGAGUAGCUCAUUUCACCAAGGUGUCAUUCAUGUUCUACAACAUUCUAGGUCUUGGAUAUGAGGAAUUGCCAUUUGCCAACACGCCCCGAAGUUAUAAGGAACUAUCAAAUAUCAUGUUAAUGUACUGGGUGAACUUUGUUGUUGAUGGAGAUCCCAACGGUGUUGAUGGUAAGUUUUCAUGCCUUCAUUACCGCAUAUUGGCUGCUUUCGUUGGAUUCUUUAUGGCAAUGCUCAUUGAGGUUAACUGGUUCGCGUUUCAUAGUUACCACCCACACCCACUACUGGCCUUCGUAUUCCCUCUCAAACCCACGGCAGAUGACCUUCGAUGCCAAUACCACUGA